CUUAGAGCUCUCCCAAAUCGGAGACAGACUGGAGAUUUCAGGAAGUCUCAGAAGAUGAUUUCGAGCUGCUUUCUCCAUAAUCACUUGUAGACCCUCAUGAAGAAAUCAGGGAUCUGGUCAGUGACAAUUAGAUGGAACCACUGGACAAUAAGAGGAUCUGUUCGAUAUGGACUCACUCUAAAGACAUCUCAACCACUCAACACAGGGUGGGUCCUGCCAACGCGACGAUCCCGGCGGCCGAGCUCCGAUGAAGCCAGCGCAUUAUGUACAGUGUAGAGGACCUCCUGAUUUCUCAUGGAUACAAGCUGUCAAGAGGCAUCCCGGCGCCACACCACGGUGACCGCGAGGCCCGCCGGCAAGCCAGGCCCCACACAAGAGCUGGCCAGGGCCUGCUGAAUGGGUGCGACGAUGGCACCGCAGCCCCCCUCCACUGUAAGCCGUCCCUGGGGAAGGGCCAUGUGAGUGCCCCCGAAGACAGCCACCGCCUACUGAGAGCCCGCGGGGAGCCCCAGAGCGCUUCUGCUUCUAGAGCUAGGGAGGCGGGGUUUUAUCACCAGCCAGUGCUGAAGUGGACCUCUCAGCCCCAGAGCGCCCGCGACCACGCCUACUGGAGAAGAAGAGGACAGGAGGUCGGUGGCUUGCUGGGGCCAAGGGCCCGAGAAGACCCGGAGGUCAGAGGAAUGGCCCAAGCCCACAGUCUACCCGUUCACAUGAGGGAGGGCCCAUGGGAAGUUGGCGGAAGGACAGAGAACGUGAUGAAGAAGGCAGUUUGGGAAGAAGAGCUGAGCAUGGCAGGACCUGCCAAGUGGCAGCAUAGAGGCCCGGAGAGCUGGAACCAGCCCAGGAAAUUAGGGAGGCAGAUGUCUGAUGGCGAUGGGGAGAAGCUGUUUCAAGAUCUGUACCCAUUUGUGCAAGGAGAACAUGUGUUGAAUUCCCAAAGCAAAGAGAAAUCCCAGUCGUUACCCAGGGUUCUUUCCCCUGAGAGCCUGAGUUGCAUGGAAAUUCCCAUUCCAUUCAAUGAUGGACAUUUUCCAGGUGUUCCUAAAAUGCCAUUUUAUCCCCCAAAUUGUGCACCCAAUUUGGAUUCCAAAAGGAACCCUGAGAAGGGUGGCUCCUUGAUCCCUUUCCCCCGGCCUAAAUUCGGGAGACCCCUCAAGCCUGCAUCUUACGACUCCCACCAACACCCCAGGGCAGGCGUGGAGAACAGCGACUCUCUGGACAGUCGGCAGGCGGACUUGUGUGUCUCCUACUUGACCAAAUCCAGCGAGCCCAGGCUGGAGCUGUGCACGCCUGACUCCGGUUUGGAGCCUCCAGUGUAUGUGCCUCCGCCAUCAUAUAGGUCGCCGCCCCAGCACAUCACAAACCCCUACCUGGAGGAUGCAGUGCCCGGGCCUGUGUGUGGUGGUCCCCAUCAACAGCAGCAUCUGAUGGAGCUGGCUGGCCCCCUGGACACUGGGAAUGAGUAUGGUGCAGGCCCACACUGCUCUCGCGGGGUCCCUCAGCAGCCCCGGCCGACCACCGCAUAUGACGGCUCUGUUCUGUAUAUUCCCUUUGACGACCCGCGGAUCCGGCAUUUUAAACUGGCCCACCCCCAGGGUCUCUGCCGAGAAACAAUGGCCAACGAGAAGUCCUACAACUCUGGUCCCAGCACUGCCCCGGCAUCCGCCCAUGGAAACAUUCAACAAGAUGGCGCUGUUUUGAGCCCACAGAGUGUGAGAACCCUGCCAGGCGGUGUGAGCAGCUCUGCUACUGCCGAUCCCAGUCCCUGGUGGCUGUGGGGACAGCUCCCCAGGGAUGCAGAAAAUGGCGUUCCUGACCAAGGAGCCCACAGUGCCAUGGGGGGACAGUGGCCUGCCAUGGGUGGCGGCCAGGGUGGACACGCAGAAGGCCUCGUCUCCUCCCCAAGCCCGCAGGGUGAGGGCACCUGUGAAACUCGAACCAAGCUCAAGAAGUUCGAAACUGGGAUGCGGACCAAGAAAAGUUCAAAGAAGAAAAGGAACGAGACGAUAUUUUGUUUGGUUUCCAUCCCAGUUAAAUCAGAAUCACAUCUGCCAGAUACAGAUACGAACAACAAUGACUUAAAACAGGGCACUGAUAAAAAGAAUGGGCUUGAUAAGAGCACAGCUUUGCAAGAACAAAGUCUGCUGAGCAUGUCUUCCACCGACCUGGAGCUGCAGGCGCUCACAGGAAGCAUGGUUGGGAGAACAGAGUUCCAGAAACAAGAUCUGGGGGAACCAGAAGAAGGCAAACAAACAAAUGACCUCAGAUUCAUUCAUCCUGCACAGCAUCGAGAGCUCAAGUACUCUGGCUCGUGGCCAGGGCACCAGUACAGAGAUCAGCAAACACAAACUGCUUUUGCAGAGGAAUCCAGAAGCGCGCCACCCCUCCCUGGUGCGAAGCCGGGAGCCUCACCAAAAGCAGUGCUGACUCCAAAAUAUUCAGACCCUCUUGUCCCUGAGGCUCGCGUACCCAUGGGGUUAGCUCCCAGUGACCAAAACCAGAGGCCAAAUGCUCAUCACCUCAAAGGUCAAAUGUCCCUCAGCCCCUCCAGCAACAGUGCUUUCUCAAGGACUUCCUCCUGUGUAAACCAGGCACCUGUUUCAAAAGCAGGGCCCAGUCAGGCCUGCACGGACGGCCGUGGCCGCGGAGGCAGCCCCGUGCCCCGGGGCGAUGUGGUGAAGGGGGAGACCACCGGCCCGUGCAACAGCAAACAGCUGUUUGGUCAGUUUCUUUUGAAGCCAGUGAGCCGCCGUCCCUGGGAUUUGAUUAGCCAGCUAGAGAGUUUUAACAAGGAGCUUCAGGAAGAGGAAGAAAGCAGUCAUAGUGGCAGCGACAGCAGCAGCGAGGACAGUGACAGAGACUGGCAGCCUGAAGGCCGUGCUGAGGCCACGGGCAGGAACUGGGGCUUUGGUGGACACAGCCAGGCAUGGAGGGUCGAGGAGCCCAUGGCCAGGCCGGGAAGAGCCCAGAGUAAGUCUGAAAGCUGGAGCGAGGGGCCAAAGCCUGGCCAGCCUGGUGCACACACUCAGUGCCCGGGCCCUGCAGAGGUGGAAGGAGGCAGAGCGGGGCACAGAGGCCUGAUGUCAGACAAGGGGAACCAGGAGGUUGAGCGCACAGUGAACAAGCCAGCAGUCAGCCCAGGUCUUGUGAAGAGAGUGACGGCCUCUAGGUCAGGUGCCGCAAAGCCAGUGCCCUCGUCCGAUCUGGCCGCACUGAGGCAGCCCCCCGGCAGCCAGGAACUGCCCGCCGUUUCUGUUUCUGCCGAGCUGAGCCCAGCAACGCCUCGGAAGGCUGGCGGUGAGGAGGGGAGGAGCCCGCCGGUCCUGCUCUCGCUUGCCAGCAAGCCCCGAGGGCUGUCAGCACCGGACUUGAGGUCCGUGGGGCUGACGCCGGCACAGGAGCAGAGUGCCAGUGAGUUAGGUGCGUCUUCGGGUGAAGCGAGGGCAACAGAAAUCCCGCCGAAUGAGUCCCUUCAAGCAAGGGCUGCGAGGAUCCUGGGCAUUGAGGUGGCCAUGGAGUCCCUGCUGCCAGGCGCCCGGAGGACGGGACAGGACCAGCACCCCGAGCCGGACAGAAGUGGCCGAGGGCCAGAGGCCCCCAGGGCAGAGCCUGUGUCCAGUUCACAGCCGGAUGAGCCCGCGGCGCCCGCGGACGCCUUUUAUGGCAGGAGAAAGUGCGGCUGGACCGAAAGCCCUCUCUUUGUAGGGGAAAGGGACAGUUCCCGUCGCGCUGCCCCAGCUGCUGAGCACUCAGGUGUGGACGGGACUGUCCCCUGCAAGGCCACCAGCCCCGAGCCUCAACACAGUCCCGAGGAGUCCAGGUCCUUCGAUCCCAAGGACACGGGGACAAAACCACCCUUCAGGUCCACUCUCUUCCAUUUUAUAGAAAGGACCCCAAAUACGUCAGGCUCAGAAAAGAGGCUCAGAAGCACUUCCAAAGUGAUUGAAAGUUUACAAGAGAAGCUGGCUUCGCCCCCAAGGAGAGCAGACCCCGGCCGCUUGAUGAGGAUGAAGGAGGUGAGCUCUGUGUCCCGGAUGAGGCUCCUGACCUCCCGGAGCGCUGACUCCAUGGAGGAGGCUGAGGAACUGAAGGCCGAGAGGGGCUCUGGGGUGCAGCCUGGAGGCCUGGUGUCUCUGAAUGCCGGGGAGCUGGUGCAGAAGGCUGGGCUUUCGCUCGUGGUCUCCAAGGACGCCCUCUCACCGGAAGAAGAUGGGCAUCCAACAGCGCACAGGGAGAAGACCGUCCAUCCGGGCUUCUGGUGCCCAGGUGAGGAGCCAGAUUCCUAUGACCCUAGCAGAGUGGAGAGGGUGUGAGGAGAUGCCGGUUUAGCAUGGGAUCACCAGAGUUUACUAACUGAGUGUUCUCUCAUUUAGCCUGUCAGCUCGACUUGCACAUGUGCAAGCCGGAGACUGCUGGCUCUUCGUGUACUGUGACAUCCUUUACCACUGCCACCGAGAACCUCAUCGUUCCUACAGAAUCACUUUGUGGAAAUAAAGCAUUAGUCCAUUGAAACCAUCUGUUUUUAUAAUAUGAAGAGUGAAUGCCUAAAUUUAGAAAAGAGUCACAUAAAGUCUCUUUCGUGAUGGAUGUAGCCAAGCUGGUAAAUAGUUUGGUGUUAAUCUGGUUCGAUGUGAAAAUUCAAACAUGAAUGAUUUUAAAAGGACUGUGAAUUUCACAAAUUCCCCUUUGCAUGUCCAUGGCCUGUAGUCUGUGCUUGUGUUAAGGAGUUUGGGACGUGGGCCAGUUGCCCAGCGUACUGGCACUUUGAGUUGAGGGGAAACGUGAUGAAUAUAUAUGACCUGUUUCUAAUCAGUUUGGCCUUCUGCUGCUGCAAGUCACUCUAUUUAUAAGUAACUUGCCAUCAGAGGGUAAGAGCAAUAGCUUUUAAGUUCCUAAAAGAUUAAAACUUGUACCAUAAUGUACUCAAGAGUAUUAUUUAUCUGGCAAUGAAAUACUUGGAUCAUUCGCAAACAUGCCACUGUCUGCUUUGCACUCUGCACUAUUUUUAUGUUCUGUAUGGAUGUUUAGAAAUCCUUUAUAUGAAAAAUAACUGCUGGUUUGAAAUAGACCAUUUUAACAAAGUAACUAUAUUUCUUUUUACAAAAAUGCUAUUUUUCUAUGAUGUAAACAGUCGUGAGGUGGCAGAUUUUUAAGGAAGUAUUAUUUUAUUUAAGAGUCUGUAUCCCUUUGUGUGAGAGGAGCCGCAGAAGGGGCUCAUGUUUUGCUUUAAAGCACACGUCCUUUCCCCAUCCCCACCUCAGCCACUUUUCUUUUAUCUUAGAGAUGUCAGUAUAGACAUUUUACAGGGUUAAGAAACUUUUCACAAAGAUACUUUUGCAAAUGUAGCUGUAAGGGUAUAUUUGAGUAUAACCUUCUUAAAACCAGCCAACAUCCUUACAACUAUUUUUGCUGCCAUAUCCUCUAGGAUUACCAAAAACCAUAGUUUCCUCUUGAUAUGUCUGUGGGGAUCUACUCCAGGACCACACUUUCCUCACCCCUCCGCCUGUCCCUCUAUGAAAUAUGUAUUUUUAUCUGGAAUGAUCCUUAAUUAUUAGUCUUGGCAUAUUUUUUUAGGAAUACUAGAGACAUUACAUAUACACCAGUACAGAAAUAUUAUGAGGCCUAUGCAGUCCACUGUGUUUACUAUCGCAGUGGCACGCACAAAGUUCAUGUGUCUUCAUGCACCUGCCCCUCCUUUCUAAGUAAGGUGUUCACGUUAGCAAACGCUUCCUGAAUGGGUUCUUGUUGCCUUCUUCCUUCCCUUCCUUCCCUCUCUCUCCUUUUUUUUUUUGGGGGGGGGGACCACCUUAUCUCUUUUUAGACAUUUCAAAUUCCUAAAAUGUGAACUGUUGGGUGGUCUGCCAUUGGCCCGAAAACACCUCUGACUGGGCUUUCCUGGCCCGUUUUUAUCUGUACCAUUUGAUCUUAUUUCAUAAGAACUUCAUGCAUUUGGACUGUAAUAAACAAUACAGAAUCCAAGUUGUCCUGCACAGUCGUUUCAAAUACACUUCUCUGUAGUCUGGGUCUUUACCCAUUACCCGGAGGCUUCUACUACUUCCUUCCAGAUUUUGGCUCUUGUGAAAAGUUGUCAUGAGCUCUUGCUUUCCCCACGAAGGAGAUGGGCCAAGGCUCUGUAUUAGGAGUGGCUGAAACUUCUUCCUGGGAAAAGGUUUGAUGGGGGAGAGGUCAGUUAGUCUGUUACAGUUGGUGAACCACUCGAGUAACCUGAGAACUAAUUGAGGGGGCCACAUGGAGGUCUCUGUGGGGUGUUCUUCCCCUUACACUGCAGAUGGAGGAAGGUAUACGUGUAUAUAUACAUACGCAUAUAGGCACAUACAUAUAUCCAUAUAUAUUCACUCUGCUCUGACUUCCUCUUAAGUUUGCCGAUCCCAUCUAAAAACUUCUUUUAAUCAAAAUAAUUGAAUUUUAGCUUAUUCCUCAAGAGAAAGAAAAGGAUACUGAAGAGAAAAAUGAUGGUAACCCAGGUAUAUCACAAAGCAAGAACUUUUCCAGUUUUUAUUUGAAAUUGUAUCAUCUUUCUGAAACCAUUCUGAAUAUAAUUGAAAUUAUCAAUAUUUAUACUUUGAACCUUAAUUUCUGGAUUCCAGCCUGUAUAUAAAUCUUUGGUGUGUGGCGAGGAGGAUAACUUUGACAAUUUGACUUUUAAGCUUGCCUGUUCUGAGGUAAAGGAUUAUCUAAUCCAAAAUAGCUUUCCCAGAAAUUUUGAACUUAAUGCUGAUCAUCAUUCUGUUAUUAUUACUGUUCCUCAUACGUAUAUAACUCUCCAUUAUUAUUGUGGCUGGAAAAAACAAGUGUUUCUAUUUUGUGUUUGUCAUUGUUUUUCUCACACAUAUAUGCUAACUGGCGGUGUUUCGUAGUUUGGGGCUUAGAAAAUUAAAAGUUCUAAUUUUGACCAUUUGGACUAAACAUUACAUGAAGCACUGCAUAUGAAAUAUA